AAGCUGCGUAAAAGUUGCGACUCGACGGAGGAUCGCUGUCGGAGUUUAACCGGACUUUAACGACUGUCAGCUUUUUUUUUUAUAAGGCGGAUAUUUUUGAUUUGGAGAAGAUGACAGCGAUCAGACUGGUGUCAUCGGUGUUGGUGCUGGCGUUGAUGCAGCCUGGGGCUUUUUGCGCGCGGAGGUUCCGGGGUGGCCGCAACCCGCAACCACGGCGCGCGCCACCUCCUCCCACGUACCGGGCGGACCGCGGAGACACCACGGAGAGCUUCCCACUGGAUUUCACCGCCGUGGAGGAGAACAUGGAUAACUUCAUGACGCAGGUGAAGAACCUGGCGCAGUCGCUCUAUCCGUGCUCCGCGCAAAAACUCGACUACGACAUGAAGCUCAACUUUUUGGACAACACGUCAGUCACCUGCAACGACGGAAGUCCUGCUGGGUAUUACUUGAAAGAAUCACGAGGAAGCAGGAGGUGGUUGAUAUUUCUUGAAGGUGGCUGGUACUGCUUCACCAAAGAGAACUGUGACAGUCGCUAUGAGACCAUGAGGCGACUGAUGAGCUCAUCCAAGUGGCCCCAAACUAAAACAGGCACGGGGAUCCUGUCUCCACUGCCCGAGGAGAACCCUCAUUGGUGGAAUGCCAACAUGGUGUUCAUCCCUUACUGCUCCAGUGAUGUGUGGAGCGGCGCCACUGCCAAGACGGAGCAGAAGGGCUACGCUUUCAUGGGCUCCCUGAUUAUCCAGGAGGUUGUAAAGGACCUCCUCAAUAAAGGUCUAGACAACGCAAAGGUUCUACUCCUAGCAGGGAGCAGCGCUGGCGGCACUGGCGUCCUGCUGAACGUCGACCGGGUCGCGGAGCAACUGGAGGGACUGGGACACACCGGGAUACAAGUGCGGGGUCUCUCCGAUUCGGGAUGGUUCCUCGACAACAAGCAGUACCACUGCACCGACUGCGUGGACGCCAUUAACUGCGCCCCCACUGAGACCAUCAAAAGAGGCAUCAAAUACUGGGGAAGCGUGGUACCCGAGCGGUGCCGGCAAACUCAUGAAGGCGAAGAGUGGAACUGCUUUUUCGGAUACAGAGUCUUCCCGUCGAUAAAAAGUCCGGUGUUUGUGGUGCAGUGGCUGUUUGAUGAGGCUCAGUUGACAGUGGACAACAUCCAGCUGACAGGGCAGCCCAUGCAAGAGGGCCAGUGGCGCUACAUUCAGAACCUUGGCAUUGAGCUGAGGAACACGCUGAAAGACGUCCCAGCGAUGUUUGCGCCCGCUUGCCUCUCGCAUGAAGUCAUCACAAGAAAUUACUGGCUUGACAUCCAAGUCAAGGGCACCUCCUUGCCCCGAGCACUGCACUGCUGGGAUCGCAGUCUCCACGACAACAGGAACAACAAAGCGCCCCCUAAAGGAUGCCCGGUGCAUUUGAUCGACAGCUGCCCGUGGCCGCACUGCAACCCCACCUGCCCGACCAUCCGAGACCAGUUCACCGGGCAGGAGAUGAACGUCAUCCAGUUCCUCAUGCACAUGGGCUUCGACGUUCAGAAAAUGGCCCAGCAGCAAGGCAUGGACCCCAGCAAGCUACUGGGCAUGCUCAGUAGCGGCAGCUAAAAGAGCGUGGGCGGAACUUUAAACGCUUAAAAGCUGAGCCGGAGAAGGGUUUGCUGGUCACUAUGACCGGUGUCCAUAUCUGAUACCUCUACGGACCCGUCCAAUUUCACCGACCCUUCCGACCUAUCCCUCCAUGUUUACUUUUGGUACGAACCUCAUCUUAACAUUGUAAGGGGCUGGGAUUUGGCCCUGUGUUUAUCAAGCCCGGGGACAUUACGACAAGGCACGACGCUCUGCUACUCUUCAAUUACAUAUUUUUUUGCUUCCCGAGAAAACAUAUGUGUCACAAAUAUAAUCCCAUUUAGUUGCAACUCAGAUUGAAAGCUAAGAAAUGGCCACGUAUUGUUGCACUAAAAUUGCGUCCUCUAGCCACAACCCUACCACAUCACAUAAGCUCGCAUCACCGGUGUCAAAUCAAUGCAAUGAACAUUUAAAGGGAGACAAACUAUGUGUAUUGUAUAUUUUCUUUUUGUAUAGGUUCUUUCAAGUGUUCGCCGUUAGCGCUCCCUCCUUGUAUUUCAUAACAGAGAUCACUUUUUAAUAUAAUGUUGUAUGUAAUGAUGUCUUUGUAUGAUGUUUCAAAAGGACUCACCACACAGAAGGAACGAGAUUACUAAUUUUAUUCUGUAACAUAUUUUUGACAGAAAGAAAAACUCAAGCUUCAUCGGUUAUUUACAUAUUUAUUUUGUUAUGUAAAUCAUAUUUAUAAGUGCUAUUUUCACAGAGAAGAGAUUCUUUGUAAAUUGUAAAUACAUUGCUGUGUGUGGUUUUUUUUUUCUUUGUGUUGAAUGCAUGUAUUUGUAUUAGACCUGAAAAAAAGAGACACAUUACAUUCACUUCCUUCUGCUACUGA